GCUCUCAGAGUGGCGAUGUGCACAAAUCUGAGUGUUUCAAGGAAACCUGGAUCUUUGUGUUCCAGAUGUUUACCCUCCAAGGGUCCCCAAGGAUGUGAGUGUCCCUGUAGGUGGAUCCCUGAUGGUGAUGUGUCAGUAUGACCCGGGCUGGGAGAGGAAUGGGAAACGGUGGUGCCGGGGAGCGGAAUGGCAAUCCUGUAAGAAUAUCGUUAGAACCCCAGGACCAGAGAGAGACAAUGGGAGAGUGUCCAUCAGAGACAGCCCUGGAAACCAGACCUUCACAGUGACCAUGGAGAACAUCACUGCAGGGGAUACGGACACUUACUGGUGUGGGAUCCAGAGAGCAGAAAAUGACCUCGGAGCCCAGUUGAGACUGAAUGUUUCCACAGAUAUUUCCUCUCCCAAGGUGGUAAGAAUCAAUGAGGGACAAUCCCAUCUGGUUCAUUGUCGAUAUGAGCAGCACUACAGAGUGAAUGAGAAAUCGUGGUGUCGAGGAGCUCCGUGGGGAAACUGUCAGCCUGUUGUGAGCACCAGUGGCCAUGAGAGAGAGGAGAGGAAUGGUUACGUGUCCAUCAGUGACAGCCCAGAUAAUGACACGUUCACAGUGACCAUGGAGAACCUUGCUGCUGGGGAUACGGACACAUAUUGGUGCAGGAUUGGAGCCGAGAGAGCUGUACUGGGGGUCCCUGUCAUGAUCAAUGUGUCCCGUGAACUAUGGGGACCCCAGACGGUGACCAGCACAGAAGGAAAAUCUCUAAAAGUGUCUUGUCAAUACAAUCCGGAUUGGGAGAGGAACAGGAAAUUGUGGUGCCGGGGAGCUGAGUGGAGAUCUUGUAAGAUCAUCAUUAGAACUUCAAAAUCAGGGGGAAACAAAGGAACAGUGGUCAUCAGAGACAGCCCCAGAUAUCAGACCUUCACAGUCACCAUGGAAAACGUCACCGAAGGGGACACAGACACGUACUGGUGUGGGAUCGAGAGAGCAGAAAAUGAUAUCGGAGCCCGGGUGAGGGUGACCAUUUACAAAGCUGGGCCAACAACAGCCAGACCAAGGUCCUUCCUUGAAGAUGUAGGCAUCCUGGUCCUGCUCUUCCUGAAGAUGCCCAUCCUUCUGGGCCUGGCUGGUGCCAUCAUCUGGAUGAAAAGACCCCAGCGAGCCCGAGAUGGAGAGAAUGGCAGCAGAAAGUGGCUGCUGACACUGGUCCUGGUCCUAGCCCUGGUGCUGGUCCUGCUUCUGGACUGCUGGGCUGGGUUUGUGGUGGAGCUGCUGCUUCAGGGAGCAGCUCUGGGUCCUAAAUUCGGGAGUGGCACAAAGCAGGCAGGUUGGAGCCUCCACAACAGCAUAGAGGAAAUCUGGUGCCAGGGAGGCAGCGUGGCUGGCUGUCCAGUGAAGGGGGUCUGA